UUGGUCAUGUGUGUGUGGGAAUGUUUGGUUUGUCCCAGUCGCUGCACAGCUGCUGGAUGCACAACACAUCUGACAAACACGUAAAAAGCAGGUGGUUAGAAGACACACUCCAGCAUGGACAUUGAAAACAUGGUGGCAAACAGCGCCCUGGUUCAGGCGAGGGAAGGGGGAGGCAGCAAAGGCAGGAGCUGGAAGUGGAAAGAAAUGCUUCGCUUCCCUCAUAUCACCCAGUGUGUGGACCUGGCUAUGAGCAUUGAACAAGACUACUACAGUCUGUGUGUGAGGCAGCCUAUCGGCAAGAAGCUGUUUGGGCUCUUCUGCAGGAGUCAACCCAACCUGCUGAACCACAUAUCGCUCUUGGACAGCCUGGAGAACUUUGAGAUGAAGUCAGAUGAGGAGAGGAAGGAUUUUGGCCUCACCAUCAUUCACAGGUUUCUCAGCAGUCAGUCCACGCAGUGCGUUCCAGAGGUGCAGUGGCAUGAACAGAGCUGCACCGACAGUCUAGAGUUUGAUCCCUGCGGGGACGUCUUCCAAGUUUGCAGGCAGGACCUGCACCAAUACUUGAGCAGAGAGCCUUUCAUCCAGUACCAGGACAGCAUGUUUUUUGAUCGCUUUCUACAAUGGAAGAUGCUGGAGAGACAGCCCAUCACCAAGCACAUAUUUAGACAGUACCGGCUACUGGGAAAAGGUGGUUUUGGAGAGGUGUGGGCGUGUCAGGUGCGAGCUACAGGAAAGCUGUACGCCUGCAAAAAGCUGGAGAAGACCCACGUAAAAAGGAAAGGAGAAUCUAUGGCUCUCAAUGAGAAGGAGAUACUGGAGGAGGUGACAGCAGAUUGUGGUGGGAUUUUUACUGGUUACGUCUUUGUGAACCUGGCUUAUGCUUAUGAGACAAAGCAUUCGCUUUGCUUGGUUCUGACCAUGAUGAGUGGUGGCGACCUGAGGUUUCACAUUUAUAACAUCGGUCCACCGGGUCUGGAUCGUGACAGGGUGCGUUUCUACGCUGCAGAGGUCAGCUGUGGUUUGAAGCACCUCCACCAGAAGUCAAUAGUGUACAGGGACAUGAAACCAGAAAACAUUCUCAUGGAUGACAAUGGACACAUCCGGAUCUCAGACCUGGGCCUGGCCGUCAGGUUGUCUGAGGGGACUCUGGUCCGAGGCAGGGUGGGCACGCUGGGAUAUAUGGCUCCUGAGGUGAUUGGCCACGAGCAUUACGGGAUAAACGUAGACUGGUGGGGCCUCGGCUGUCUCAUAUAUGAAAUGACAGCAGGACAGCACCCGUUCCGCACGCAUGGUGAGCGUCCAAAAAAAUGGGAGAUGGAGAGAAGAAUUCAGUUUGGACAGGAGGAAUACAGCAUAACGUUCAGCCCAGAUGUCAAAGACCUCUGCUCUCAGCUGCUGACCAAGAACCCAAAACACCGGCUGGGCUGCCAGGGCUCAGGGUGGGUAGAAGUCCAGUCUCAUCCUUUCUUCCAGUCCAUCAACUUCAGGAUGCUGGAGACAGGACUUGUUGAGCCCCCUUUUAAACCUGAUCCCAGAUUGGUGUACUGCAAUGAUGUACAGGAUCUUGACGAGUUUUGUGCUGUGAAAGGAGUCACUCUGGAUGAAACAGACACUGAAUUCUACACCAAGUUCAGCACGGGCAGCGUUCCCAUCACCUGGCAGAACGAGCUAAUUGAGACAGGAUGUUUCAAGGAGCUGAAUGUCUUUGGUCCUGGGGGGUCUCGCACUCCAGACCUGAAGGGCACCCAGAUGCCCGACAGCCUCAGACGUGGUCUGCUGCACCGCAUCUUCCGCAAACAUCAUCCUAAUGAAUCACAAGAUCCAGGCAGGCAGAGCAUAAUGUCCAGCGAUGCCGACAUGAAGUCCAGCUUACUCAGCUCCUCGUGUUAAGGACUGCUGCUGGUCAACAUUCUACACGCCAUCAACUGCACUCAUGACAUUCAAAAGAAGCACAUCUGCUCUCCAGUCACAGCAUAGCAUUUUAAUAAACGCUUGUAUUUUUUGUCUUUUCACUUCUUUCCCUGUACUAGGGACUUCUUCACCCUACUAUCAGGUUGGCACAAGAAGAGUGAAAAACAAAAUAUUUAUGUCAAAGACAUGUUGCACCAUUUUCACUAAAAUGGCUGAGCCUUAAAAUGUGCAUUUUCAUAUCAAAUGCAUAAAUCAUUGAGGUCUAUAUUCCAUUAGUGAAUACAGCUUUGUAGCAUUUUUAUUUUUUAACUCAAAGUAUAAAAUACAGAAAAGUUAGUUAAAAAAAAAAAAAAGAAAAUGAAAAAGUUGGUUUGAUUGGCCAUAAAGGCAGAAUAUUUUAUAUAUAUAUAUAUAAUCUUAUUAAAGUAUGCUUAACACUCCAACACAAAAUCUUACAAAGUAUGUGUCUAAUUUCUAGCCAAAGCAUGUCAUUAUACUUAAUACGAUACGAUAUGAUACAUUAAAGUAAGAUAAAGUGUAAGACAAAAUUACAUGAAUAAAAUUUCUGGAACAAAGAUUUGUUUUUAGAGGGUACAUCUUAAAAACAAUUACAAAUCUUAAGUAAAACUCUUGUUUUGAGUCAUAUCUGAGAUAAGAGUUUUUAACUCACUGAAGCUGUUAUGAAAAAGUUGUAAUACUUCAUAAUACUAGUAAAAAUCAAGCGCAAAAGGAGUUUUCUCAGCUAAUUUCAAGACAUCUUAAAGUAAAAUUUGCUUGUUUUAUGGGCAGAUAGUUUUGUUACAAGUUAUGAAUACACCUUAAAACAAAAGCAAAAAAAAACAAAAAUUUAAGAUGUAUUUAUCUAAAAACAAGUCCUGAUAUCUUACUGAAAUUUCACUUGUGAAGUGACUGUGUCUAAUGUUAAUCAGAAUUAGGUAUUUUGACUACAAACUAGACAAAUAUAUUUGGGAAGAUUUUCUGUUUCAUUAAUUAUGGAUGACUUCAAGGUAUAGUACGGACUUUACAGCACCAAAGUCUUUUGUUUCAUGUGUUCACAAACGUGAUGGGAAUCUGCUCCUGGCACACAGCAAAACACCAAUGCAGUCUUUUCUAUGUCCUCAAAGUAAAAUUAAAAUAAACCUGCCAUUGUAGGUGGACUGUUUUAUCCAUUUAUCAAAUCAUGAUUUUGCUCCGUGUAU